CACACUUUCAUUUGUGUUGCUCAAAGAAUUGAAAAAAAUAUUUUGAGGAAAUGGGACUAUUUGUAAUUUUCGUGACAACAAAAACUCAAAACUCACAGUGGAUAGUCCAGAGACAUUGCCUGAUAAAUUGUUACUGAGUGCAGUUCUCAAAUAGCCUAUCCACUUCCUCAUGUAGCACAUUGCAGAAUGAGGCUGUGGGUCGUGAUUGUCUUUGCCGUCUCUCUGCUGCUUUCUUGUGAAUCACAAGGGCCCAGUGCUGUGACUCCUGUGUUUGUGCAGAAGGGAGGGGAUGUGCUUCUGAAAGUUGAGGCUGAUGUUCCUGAGGAUUUUCAUUUGGUUGAGUGGAAGUUAAAUAAAAAUGUCGUUUUAGUAAGAUUUCCACAUGGUGGUGAAGAACCACCACCCUUUCCUGGUUACACUGAAAGGAUUGAGUUUCCUGAGAAAAAAUACUCUGUGAAAUUGAAGAAUCUACAAGAGGCAGACAGUGGAGUUUAUACUGCACGAGUGGUAUUGACUAACGGAGACCGAACACUAGCUAAAUACAACGUCACAGUUCAAGAUCCAGUGUCUCCAGUUGAACUGACAGUGAUCUCAGUGGACUCCAGAAGCUCAGAGUGUAACCUCACUGUGACCUGCAGAACACAGGACUGUCACAUUAACAGCACUUUGAGAUGUGACAACCAAACCUGCAGUCAGGAGGGAGGAGAGCAAUCAGAGGUCACAACCUCUGGUGCUUCUCUCCACGUCUACCUGUCGAAUGGCUCAAUCAUCUGUAACCAUAGCAACCAGGUCAGCUGGACCGAGGACAUUAAAAUAAUUGAACAUGUUUCCCCCCAACCUGAUGAUUCUAAACAAGGUGACAGCAAUGUCACCGGGGCUGUUGUUCCUGUUUUCGUCAUUCUUGGCAUAAUUGCUGGCAUAAUUGCUGGCCUAUAUCUUUAUCGUCGAAAGAUAAGAAAUUAUAACAGAGAGAGCAUCGAAAAUACAGUAUAUGAAAUACCGCAGCUCGGAACUACAGCCCAACCUCUGGAUCAGAGUCCAACAUAUGAUGCUUCAGGUCUUUCUCCAACCUCCACCUACUGCUUGGUAGGACCUCACUCUGGACCCCCGGAGACCAAUAAGACUAGAGACACGACUGUGCCAGAGAGCCUGUAUGCUACGGUAGAUAAGCCUGCCAGGUCCUUAAAGAAUUAAAGCUAAAGUUGGUCAUUUUGAACAAAUAUGAUGAAAAAGUUAUUUUUUAUAAAAUUUUCACUAUGUCCUGUAAGUAGUGCUUGAGACAAAUAAUCUUUCCUCCUGUGCUCAUAAUGGCAUGCCUAUUUCUCUCCUCAGAUGUUUUAGUGUACUGUUUAGCUGUAAAAUGAAAGUUUGCUCUGGCUGGUGGGCGGUGCUUGGUUUUGGCUCGACUGUUUUCAACAUGGCUAAACAGUACACCUCAAGAUGUUCCUGAACAUAUUUCAGCGCUGCCUUUUUAUUAUAUUUGCUCAAUUGUAUUCUACUGUACUUACUGCAAUUUCCAGUUUUACUAAGUGUUGCCAAAGCUGCUAAUGUAUAAGUUUAUAUGAGCUGCUCUGGAAUGAAAAGACUUUUCAAACAUUUCAAUAGAAACAGCUGUAAAACAAUGAGGAAAUGUUACUAAGCAUCACACACAUUCAGAAGUAGCUUUUUGUUUCAUCACGACUUGAGCUCGAGAAAUAAUCUGAUGCUGUUCUACGGAACUAAAAAUGUGGAAACAUUUGAAGGUCUCUUGUGCAGUUGUUAACAUAAUUACAUUUAAUUUCCCAUUGAGAGAUAUACAGUGUUGUACAUUAUUUCUAAGUACUUGAAUUUAUUUUUAUUUUAUUUCAUGUGUUUUGUUCUUAUUUCUUCUGAAGAGAUUUUUACGUAUAGUUUGUUUUUAAAGAUAUCAAAGGAAUGCUCAACUGAAAAUCAAAUUUAGAGACCUGAAAAAAUGUUACGCAAGAUGUGUAGCUUUUCUGAGCAUAUGAACCACAACAGUAUAUAUACAGUAUGUACUGUAUAUUGUGCUGAAACAAGCUUGAAAAUGCCAUUAAAUGUUUUAUUUUUCUAUAUUCA